CGCCCUUCUCCCAUGAUGCCCCGCGCCGAGUCCUCCAGCGCGCCAGGGGGCGCUGCGCUCCCGGCAUGCACCGCGCGGGCGGCCUGUGGCGGCGCUGGGCGGGAAGCGGGGCCUGGAACGGGCCCGGGGGGAAGAGCGGGGCCCGGGCGGGGACCCGGGGAUGGACCCGGGGGUGACCCCGGGGGGGGCCCGGGCGGGCUGGGCCCGGACGGCCGAGCGGACCCGGGGCUGGUCCGCGCGUCCAGCCCGGCGGUGGAGCGGCGGCUGCGGGGGCUGGCGCUGGUGCGGGGCGGGUUCGUGAGCGCGGCGGAGGCGGCGGAGCUGCUGGCGGAGCUGGAGCCGCUGCUGGGCCGCCGGCCCUACCAGUUCGAUCACUGGGACGGGGCGAUCAGCGGGUAUCGCGAGACGGAGCGCGCGCUGCGGGGCGGGGCCGGGCGGGCGCUGCUCCGGCGCGUGGCCGCCGCUUUUCCCGCCACCCGGCCGCCCCUCCCCCUGGUGCACGUGCUGGACCUGCACGCGCGGGGUCACGUGCGGCCCCACGUGGACAGCGUGAAGUUCUGCGGGUGCACGCUGGCGGGGGUGUCCCUGCUGUCCCCCAGCGUCCUGCGCCUGGGGGGGGCGGGGGGGGCGUGGCUGGAGCUGCUGCUGGAGCCCGGCUCGCUCUACGUGCUGCGUGGUGCCGCCCGCUUCGAGUUCACCCACGAGAUCCUGAGCGACCACCACUCGUUUUUCGGGGGGGUCCGGGUGCCCCGCGGGAGGCGCGUGGCGCUGAUCUACCGCAAUGCACCCCCCGCCACCACCGUGGACUCUCCCAGCGCCUCCUUUAUUGAAGCUCAAAUCACCCCCCCGCACCCCAAAUAAAUGGCGGCGGCCGAGACCCCCCGGAGCCGCUGCCACCGCUGCCCCUCGUCCAGGAACGUCACGUCCUCAAAGCGAAUCGGGCGACAACACGACCCCCCCGGGGCCCCCCCCGGGACCCCCCCAUGGGUCAACAGGUGCUGAAGAGCCAACCCAUGGUUAUUAGGGGGGGUCGGGGGGCAUCCCCCCCCGCAAUAACGGAACAAAACGGUUUCCGGGG